AUGGCUACCAAAUAUAUGGUUCAAUUCUAUGACUCUACCAUAGAAGCAACAGCCACUGACAAGGCUUCUGUGGUGCAAGAUUGGGUUCACCAAAUACGUUCUUACCAUGGACGGCAAAUCAUUGCAGGCCUUGACUGUGAAUGGAAGCCUCCUAUUGUGCAAUCUAUGAGCAACAGAAGUGCCACCUUACAGUUAUGCGUUGACGCCAAGUGUCUCAUACUCCAAAUGUUUUACAUUGACUACAUUCCCCAGUCCCUCAAAAGUUUUCUGAGUGACCCUAAUGUUACUUUCGUUGAAGUUGAGGUUGGGGAUGAUGUUUUGAAGCUAAGAGAUGAAUACGGACUACAUUGCACGAGAACAUCAGACAUUCAAGCAUUGGCCAUGGCAAGUUGGCCUUGGAUGUUUUUUGGAAAACCUGGUCUGAAAUAUCUUGCUAAUGAGGUUGUCGGGCUCUAUAUUCAGAAGCCUAUACAUAUUUGCCAGAGUAAUUGGGAGGCUAGAGUUCUUGAUGCCGAGCAGGUUGAGUAUGCUUGCAUUGAUGCUUAUGCUUCAUAUAGAAUUAGGCACAAGUUAUUCACGCGGAUAAUUAUAGUUAUUGUUUCAAGUUCUGAACCUGUUUCUGUGAUCAAAAGUCUAAACUCUGGGUUUUUAUUUUCAGUGAAUUGGAGGGACUUUCUAGUCGAUCUUGAGAGUGGUGUGAUAAGUUGUGAAGAGGAGACGCACAAUGAUCCUGUUUCAAACAAUAGGCCAGCAAAUAAUUUGUCGACUAAGCUUUUUAGUGGAGUUUUGGGUUUUAAUGGAUCCAACAUGGGCGAAUGUGGUGUGAGCUCGCAUAGUGAUUUGGGAAAGGCUAAUGGGAUUCCAUAUGAGAACAUCGAUUUGAUAAUAGACAAGAGUUCAAGAGGAGGUUAG